GUCGAAACUCAUGAGGAUCCUUCCCACUUGCUGUGAGCGCAAAAAUAUAGAGUUCCGUUUGUCCUCUUUGUAUUCUGCAAACCAAACUUGUUGGACUGAGCGUGAGCGCAUACAAGGUAUAGAUUGAGAGCGUUUCUGUCGCAGGGACUUCCUCCCAGUCUUUAGGUUUUGAGCAGCUCAGCUCUGCUUGGGCAGAUCAUACAUUUUCACUUCAUCUAGCGCAUGUCUGUCAGCAUGUGAUUGUCUCUCUUGAUGUAAGUGAGCAGCAUUUCUUGGAGGGGCGCUUGCCAUGGCGAGUUGGGAACCAAAUCAGGAUGGGGUGCGGGAAAUUUGUCAGCUGCUGCAUGAGUACCUGCAGCCAGGGGUGGACCAGCAGGCCAUCUUCAUGCAGCUGCAAAAAUGCAGCCAGUACCCAGAUUUCAACAACUAUCUUACCUACAUCCUCACCCAUGCAGACCAGGGCAAGGCCGUCGAGGUGCGCCAGUCUGCGGGGCUGCUUCUGAAGAACAACCUCAAGUCGGGCUACUCGUCUAUCCCCCCCCCCUUUCAGCACUACAUCAAGGGACAGCUCCUGCCCCUCAUCGGUAGCCCCGACCGGCACCUGCGCUCCGUGGUCGGCACGGUGAUCAGCGUGCUCGUGCAGCACAGCGGCCCCGCCAGUUGGCCCGAGCUAUGGGCGGGUCUCGCGCAGUGCCUAGAAAGUGGGGCCCCGGAUGCCAUGGAGGGCGCCCUUGACAGUUUGUACAAGAUCUGCGAGGAGGACCCCCUGCAGAUGGACGUCGAGGUGCCGGGGCUGCCGCAGAAGCCCGUCGACGCAUUCCUCCCAAGCCUGAUCGCGCUCUUUGCCAGCCCGCACGCGUCCCUGCGGAAGCUCGCGGUCGGUACGGUGAACCAGUUUGUACUGUCUAUGCCGCCGGCGCUGCAGGUCAACCUGGAUGCGUACCUCCAGGGGUUAUUUGCACUGGCGACAGACACAGCGGGCGACGUGCGCAAGCUCGUGUGCGCGGGGCUGGUGUCGCUUCUCGAGGUGCAGCCGGACGCGCUGGUGCCGCACAUGCGGAGCGUGAUUGAGUACAUGCUGGCGGCGUCGCAGGACACAGACGCGGAAGUGGCACUCGAGGCUUCCGAGUUCUGGUCGGCAUUCUGCGAGGCGCACCUCCCCAUGGACCAGCUGCGCGAGUUUCUGCCGCGGCUCAUGGGGGUCCUGCUGGGGAACAUGGAGUACGCGGAUGAUGACGAGGCGGUGCUGUCGAUUGAGGAUGAUGAGGAAACGGUGCCUGAUAGGGAAGAAGACAUCAAGCCGUUCUUCCACCACUCCAAGGUGCAGGGCGCGGCAGACGGUGCGGAGGAGUUAGAAGAGGAAGAGGACAUUGUCAAUGUAUGGAACCUGAGGAAAUGCAGUGCGGCGGGGCUGGAUACACUUAGCACGACGUUUGGGGACGAGUUGCUGCCGGUGUUGAUGCCGCUGGUGCAGGCGCGGCUGGGCAGCACGAGCGAGGACCAGUGGAAGGAGAGGGAGGCCGGGGUGCUGGCCAUGGGGGCCAUCGCGGAGGGGUCCAUCACGGGGCUGCUGCCACACCUCAGCCAGAUGGUGCAAUUUUUGCUGCCCAUGCUGGAGGACAAGCAGCCGCUCGUGCGCAGCAUCACCUGCUGGACACUCUCGCGCUACAGCCGCUGGGUCGUUAAGGCUGCCCAGGACAGUGGGGAGCAGGCGCAGCUGGAGGGCAUCAUGAUGGGCCUGCUGCAACGCAUCCUGGACACCAACAAGCGGGUGCAGGAGGCGGCGUGCUCCUCGUUUGCCACGCUCGAAGAGGAGGCCGGGGAGGAGCUGGGGGCGCGGCUGGAGCCCAUCCUGAAGCACCUCAUGUUUGCACUGCAAAAGUAUCAUCGAAAGAACCUGCGCAUCCUGUACGACGCAAUCGGCACCCUGGCCGACGUGGUGGGCGGCGAGCUGGCGGAGCCCGCGCUGCUGGACAUCAUGAUGCCGCCGCUGGUCGCCAAGUGGCAGCAGCUGGCGGACAGCGACAAGGACAUCCUGCCCCUCCUCGAGUGCCUCACCUCCAUCUCCCAAGCGCUCAGGCCCGCCUUCGCGCCCUACGCGGAGCCCGUCUUUGAGCGCUGCCUCAGCCUCAUUCGCCAGCAGGCCGUGGCCAAGGCGGACGCGGCUGCCGCGGGGAAAGACUACGACAAGGAGUUUGUCGUCUGCUCCCUGGACCUGCUCUCGGGCCUGGCCGAGGGGCUGGGCACCAGCAUCGAGUCGCUUGUGGGCCGCACCGACCUACGGGAGCUGCUCCUGGCGUGCUGUGCGGACGAAGCGCCCGACGUUCGGCAGAGUGCGUUUGCCCUGCUGGGAGAUCUUGCAAAGUCCUGCGUUGUGCAUUUGAAGCCGCGGCUGGCAGACUUCCUUAACCUCGCCACGGCCCAGCUGCAACAAGACGUUUUGACGUCAGAGAACAUCUCGGGGGCGAACAAUGCUUGCUGGGCAGUGGGAGAGCUGUCGAUUAAGGCGCGGGAGGACGUGGUUCCGUUCGUGCUGCCGGUGGUGGGGUGCCUGGUGCCCAUUCUGAAGCACGAGGGCGGCGCCUUCAACAAGAGCAUGAUCGAGAACAGCGCCAUCACGCUGGGCCGCCUCGGCUGGAUCGCGCCCGAGCAGGUCGCGCCGCACAUGGAGCACUUCGUGGCGCACUGGUGUAAAGCCCUCCGGAGUAUCCGCGACGACAUAGAAAAGGAGCACGCGUUCAUGGGCCUGUGCGCCAUGGUGCAGCUGAACCCGAGCGGGGCGCUGCCGUCGUUCAAGCAGAUGUGCGAGGCGAUUGCCAGCUGGCACGAGAUCCACAGCGUGGAGCUGCGACAACAACUCGCGCAGAUUCUGGCCGGCUUUAAGCAGAUGCUGGGAGAGAACUGGGGCCACUACUGGGCUACCCUGGAACCGCCGCUGCAGCAGAAGCUGAUGCUCAAGUAUAACUUGUAGUUGCGCGGGGGCAGCAUCCCAUCACUUGCAGCAGCCGGUGAGCUCCGGGGUCAUGCACUCAGCCAGUGUUGCGCUGAGGGGCUGCGGCAUGAGUGGGGGUGGGGAGGAAACAGUCUGGUUUCAGGGAGCCAGGUUGUGCUCCCGGCUUUUGGACUGGGGCUGCAGCGCAGCUAGAAAUCAAGUCUGGUUAGCGUUUUCGGGGGAGCAGAUUGGCCUUGUCGGCUCGUUCAUGUAUGCUAGGUAUCCGCUUCGUUUCCAGGUAGGGGGCAAGCCUGUAGAGCCACCAUAUGCGUCACUCUGUCUAGGCCUGUACCGGCUUCACUCCACAUAGCACAGCCAGCAGAGUAAGCCAGCUGCUUUCCAAGAAGCAAAGGGAAUGCUUGCAUUGGCAAUCAUGGCCUCGCUGCAAAGUUUGGCUCAUAACCAAUCGCUGGUGCUACAGCGUGCAAGGUUGCAUUAAUAAGCCUGUGCUUCUUCGAGUAGGUAGAGUGGGGAUAGAUAGACAGCCUUAACAACAUGAUGUAGAGUUAUCACUGGUCAUGAUCAGUCUUCCAACG